AUGUGUGAAAGUUUGGUGAACUGGCGAAGGUGUGAUAUUAAGCUACGAGUCAAAGCUGCCUAUCUCGCAUGGGGUAUAUGGAGUGAUAGGAACUCUAUCGUUUUUAACGACACAACUACUCCUCCUUCUAUCCUAAUGGCUCGAGUUGAUAGAUGGGUGGAUGAAGCAGGGGCCUAUCACCGGGCGGGUAUUCCCUCCAACCUUGGUAGCUCACGUAUAUGGCUCCCCCCUCCUGAUGGUGUUGUGAAACUGAAUGCGGAUGCUUCUAUGGCGGUUGACGGAUGGAUUGGCCUUGGAACCGUAGCCCGCGACUCCCGUGGAAAGGUCCUCUUUGCUGCGACUCGACGGGUGAGAGCUCAUCGGCCGGUGGAAGUGGCUGAGGCGAAGGCUUUAGAGAUGACGGUGCGUCUGGGUGCUCGCUAUGGGAUCCAACAACUCAUUGUGGAAUCGGACUGUCAAUCUGUGAUAAAACGUCACUCCAAGCAUGCUAUUUAUCUCUCUGACUUAGACCUUGUACUACAUAAUAUUUUAUUUGUUUGCUCUAGUUUUUCUUCAAUUGUUUGGUCACAUGUUAAUCGUUACGGCAAUUCUGUGGCUCAUAAUCUAGCCAAACUAAUCCCUUUUGAGGUUGAACAGAUAUGGGAGAACCACGCUCCACUGGAGGUGGCUCCUUAUGUUUUGAUGGAUUCCUUAUUUAUGGAGUAA